CGGGAUUCACAGUUUCGCAAUAAAAAGGAAUUCGAACUUGCUGUUUAACUUACAAAAAAAUUUAAAUAUAAAUGCAAAAUAUGAGUAUUUUUGUAACAAAAUUGUACACACAAACCACACCAACGACUUGAGAUUUUCAGUUUGAGUGCAACAAAAAAUGGAGGAGAGACAUUUAUUAUACAGUAAUGAUUUAUUUACGAGGAAAAAUUAUACAAAAAUGUGCAAAAUUUGGACAAAUGUUCAGUUUACCAGGCCCACUCUGUUCCACCCUAGUCACCACACCCAUCCAACCACAUUUAUUAUCAUCCUCUUUUGUGUCAGCAUCUUCAGUCCUAUUUUAACCUUGGCUGCCAAAACGAACCAAAGUCAAACGUCUGCGUCUGACAACGACUCUGCCCCCGACGAGGUGUUUGACCCGUUAGGUCCCAAGGUUCGUUGCGACUACCUCCCUCUUGACUUUCUCCACUGCGACGACUUGGAGGACCACAGGGGAAACAAAACUGCGCGAGAUAAUAAGGGCUACGGAUGCACAAAGUGGGGUGGAGAUUGGUAUGAGGAGGUAGAACAUACAUCUCGCUUGUGCCGACCACUUACAGGGAUUACUUGUUUUGGUCGCAAAGAGUUUUUAAAGCCAGGAUUUCCAUGCGUGACGUAUAAAGGACACUACUUUUUGUCAACCCUACUUUUUAGCAUCUUCUUGGGAUUUUUGGGAAUUGAUAGAUUUUGUUUAGGACAUACAGGAACUGGUGUUGGUAAACUGUUGACUCUCGGUGGCGCAGGGAUCUGGUGGAUAGUUGAUGUCAUUCUGCUCAUUAAAGGAAAUUUGGUACCUGCGGAUGGCAGUAAUUGGAUGCCGUGAGUAUGUUUAGCUGAGGCCGAACUUUAGAAGUUAGGAUUGAUGUGUGAUAUGUAUAAGUAUGACAGUAAAAAAAACUACUACAAUCAUGUAUUCACGAAUAUGUUUAUAAUUUUUUUUCGUAAUUCCAAUUUUAUAAUACUAUUAAAAUAUAUUCCGUUUCGAA